AUGAGCUUCCAACCUCUUAACCCCCGUCCGUUCCUGCAGGCUAGAGUCGGCACCGAGCUCGUCAUUCGCCUGAAGUGGGGUCAGACUGAGUACAAGGGUACCCUGGAGAGCAUCGACUCGUACAUGAACGUCCUGCUGCGUGAUACCGAGGAGUAUCUCGAUGGAAAGCACACUGGAUCUCUGGGUCUUGUGUUGAUCCGGUGUAACAACAUCCUCUGGAUGGGCGAUGCCAGCACCGUUGAAAUGAAAGACGUUGGGUUACAAUAA